CGUGAUCCCUCUUGUGUCUCCUGGCGAGCUCUUCAUACCAUCUUCGAGCGCGAUUUGGCGAUGGCGGCGGCGCAGGUGGUCGCGAAGGGGAGCGUGGUGUCGCCGUGCGGCAAUCGAGCGGUGCCGGGCCUCUUGGGCAGGCGGAGGGAUGCCGUGGCGGCGCAGAUGACGCCGUCGGCGGUGCGGAUCGGGGGCUCCUGGAGGAAGAACGCGUUUCCUGGCGUGAGGCUAGCCUUGGGGACGAGGAGAUCCAGGCCCGCGUCCCGGAGUUUCUCCGCCUCGCCGGUGCAGAUGAACAUGAACCUUGCGAUUGGGAAAUCAAUGAGGUGGUGGGAGAAGGGGUUGCAGCCCAACAUGCGUGAGAUCGAGUCCGCCCAAGACCUUGUAGAUUCCUUAACCAACGCCGGCGAGAGGCUCGUCGUCGUCGACUUCUUCUCCCCUGGCUGCGGCGGCUGCCGUGCUCUUCACCCGAAGAUUUGCCAAUUUGCGGAGCGGAACCCUGAUGUGCUGUUCUUGCAAGUGAACUACGAGGAGCACAAGUCUAUGUGCUACAGCCUUCGUGUCCAUGUGCUACCCUUCUUCAGAUUCUACAGAGGAGCACAGGGACGACUCUGCAGCUUCAGCUGUACAAACGCAACUAUUAAGAAGUUCAAGGAUGCACUUGCGAAGCACAAGCCAGAUAGAUGUACCUUUGGCCCAACCAGGGGGCUAGACGAAUCGGAGUUAUUAGCCUUGGCAGCAAACAAGGAACUCCAGUUCACCUACACCAGGGAGCCAGAACUGACUCCCAUGGGAGAUACCCCCGGGGAGGUCAUUGCUCCCGAGCCCGCAAAGCUUCCUGCCGCUACGAAGCCUUUGGUCAAGCUGGGGUCGGAGGAAAGGUCAUUGGUCUCUCCAGGAAGAUGAGACGGUCCGAUGCUUCCGUUCUGUAUAGUUCCAUGGUUCUUGAUGUGUACAGGUUGUAGCUUCUCAUGGUAGCAGAGUGCAGGCUAAGGUUUUUUACAUGUGAAGCCUGCCCACCUGUCGUCCCGUAGUUUGGCUCGGUUGUACUAGCAGGUAGCAAUAAGUGGUGCUGUGGAGCUAUGUCUUAGGGAAAUCGUAUGGUAGUUGCAUCGAUGAUUGGUCUGCAUGCUCUUGUUUCAUUUUUCCUUAAGCCUCAGGAUAUGGGCAUGGGUGCCUGUCGCAAAACUGAAUAAUCAAUCGUGCUUUAUGUUGUGCUAGGCAUUGUGGUGCUUGGAGAUCAUUGUUGUGUUAAUAUUUGAGUUUGUGACUAGUUUUCUGCCUUGGCCUUCGGGGCAUGGAACGGGAGGAACUGGUGGAGAUAUGCUUAAUUGCUAGCAAGAGUUUGGGGCUCGAACUCU